UGGGAAACUGUCACACACGGUGAGAUUGUGGUUUUCUUUGGAUUCGCUGUUUCGUAUUUUUAAAUACAGAAAUUAUAAGAAAAUAUAGUGAAUAUGACUGUAAUAAAUAAGAUGGAUAUUGAUGGGCCUCCCAAAGGGGAGGGUUUCCGGUCCUACUAUAUCACCAAAAUUGAAGAAUUGCAACUCAUUGUGGCUGAGAAAAGUCAAAAUUUGAGGCGUCUGCAAGCUCAAAGAAAUGAGUUAAAUGCUAAGGUUCGUAUGUUGAGGGAGGAGCUGAUGUUGUUGCAAGAACAAGGUAGUUAUGUGGGUGAAGUGGUAAAACCCAUGGACAAGAAAAAAGUUCUUGUUAAAGUUCAUCCCGAAGGAAAAUUCGUCGUUGAUAUUGAUAAAAAUAUUGAUAUUAACGAUGUUACACCCAACUGCAGAGUUGCUUUGAGGAAUGAGAGCUACACUUUGCAUAAAAUUUUACCCAAUAAAGUUGAUCCCUUAGUUUCACUUAUGAUGGUUGAAAAAGUUCCUGAUUCCACUUAUGAAAUGGUGGGAGGUCUGGACAAACAAAUUAAGGAAAUCAAAGAGGUUAUUGAGUUGCCUGUGAAACAUCCCGAAUUGUUUGAUGCUCUUGGAAUUGCACAACCUAAAGGUGUACUAUUGUAUGGCCCACCUGGUACUGGUAAAACUCUGUUGGCUCGUGCGGUGGCCCAUCACACCGAGUGCACCUUUAUUCGCGUCUCCGGUUCCGAGUUGGUGCAGAAAUUCAUUGGCGAAGGUUCGCGAAUGGUGCGCGAACUGUUCGUCAUGGCUCGCGAGCACGCACCAUCCAUCAUUUUCAUGGACGAAAUCGAUUCCAUCGGUUCUUCUCGCAUUGAGUCUGGUUCAGGUGGGGACUCAGAAGUUCAAAGAACCAUGCUGGAACUUUUGAACCAGUUGGACGGUUUUGAGGCAACCAAAAAUAUCAAGGUGAUCAUGGCCACCAACAGAAUAGAUAUUUUGGACCCUGCUCUCUUAAGACCCGGCAGGAUUGACCGUAAAAUCGAAUUCCCACCACCAAAUGAAGAAGCCAGAUUGGACAUCCUGAAAAUUCACUCGAGAAAAAUGAACUUAACCAGAGGAAUCAAUCUUAGGAAAAUCGCCGAGCUAAUGCCUGGAGCUAGCGGAGCUGAAGUCAAGGGUGUAUGCACUGAAGCAGGUAUGUAUGCUUUAAGGGAAAGAAGAGUUCAUGUUACCCAGGAAGAUUUUGAAAUGGCUGUCGCAAAAGUCAUGCAAAAAGAUUCAGAGAAAAAUAUGUCCAUCAAAAAGUUAUGGAAAUAAAUUAUAUAUUCUUAAAAACAUUACUUAUAAGUACUUUCUUUUUUAAUUUAAUAAACAAUAAAAAUUAAAA